UCUAGAUCAAACAUGGCGCUAGGGCGAGCCUGACGCGAAGUUAGUUUCUCGUCCUCGUAGGUGAAACUGAUAUUUCAAAAGCCUGAUGCCGUAGUAGAAAAAAGAGCAAAAUACGCUUAUGUGUGAACAACUAUAUUAGGUUGUGAAACACUUUGUUGGAGUAGGUCUUCGUCGGAGUGCCGUGAAAAACCCAAGGUAGAAGGACGUUUUGACAGCUUUGUUCCUUUUUCCUUCAUGGACGUCCAUCUAGCAGGUCUUCAUCAACUGUCUGGAUCAGACUGUCGGCAAAAAAGGCGACCCGAUUCUCUUGGGUAAGUCCUCGAGCGCAGCUCAUUCAACCCACCGCCCAACAGAGGAAGAUUGAUCACCGUCAGAGUCUAUUGUUGUUGCUCAGCCGGAACCGAAAAAGAACAGUUUUCCUAAAUAUUCGGACGACGAAGGUAGUACCAGCAAAUUCGGCAGAAUGGAGGACGACAAUAUGCAAGACAAAGAACGUUUUGCCAGGGAGAACCAUUGCGAAAUAGAGCGCCGCCGGCGCAACAAAAUGACGGCUUAUAUCACGGAGUUAUCGGAUAUGGUUCCCACUUGCUCCGCCUUGGCCCGCAAACCAGAUAAGCUGACUAUUCUUCGGAUGGCUGUAGCGCACAUGAAAGCUCUACGAGGGACUGGUAAUACCAGCGCGGACGGAACUUAUAAGCCAUCCUUUCUCACGGAUCAAGAAUUGAAACACUUGAUUCUGGAAGCAGCCGAUGGCUUUCUCUUUGUUUCGGCUUGCGACACUGGUCGCUUGAUCUACGUUUCCGAUAGCGUGACUCCCGUUCUCCACCAGGGACAAAGUGAUUGGUUCGGAUCUUGUCUGUACGACCACUUACAUCCUGAUGACGUUGAGAAGGUUCGUGAGCAGCUAUCAACUCAAGAACCACCCAACGCCGGUCGUAUUCUUGAUUUGAAAACCGGAACGGUCAAGAAAGAAGGACACCAAUCAUCUAUGCGAUUAUGCAUGGGCUCCCGACGAGGAUUUAUCUGCAGAAUGAGACUAGGACAGGUCUCGCCAGAUCCACUUACGUCUCCUCCAGGUCCUCUGCAUCGACUACGUCAGCGCUCUGCCUUAGGUCCUUCCCGUGAUGGUCAUCACUAUGCCGUUGUCCAUUGUACGGGGUACAUUAAGAACUGGCCACCAAGUGGCGUGCCGAUGGAUCGAGGAGUCGAUGACGAUUCCCAUUCUGGAUCUCAUUGCUGCCUAGUAGCCAUUGGUCGGCUUCAGGUUACCUCUACACCAAAUACAUCGGACCUAGUUGGAUCCAACUCCGCUGCAGAGUUUAUAUCGCGUCAUUCAGCCGAUGGAAAAUUCACUUUUGUUGACCAACGAGCACUCAAUUUGCUUGGCUACUCACCACCAGAGUUGCUGGGCAAAAUAUGCUUCGAUUUUUUCCACCCUGAAGAUGUCAGCCAUAUGAAAGAAAGUUUCGAGCAAGUUCUCAAACUAAAAGGUCAGGUCAUGUCGGUCAUGUAUCGUUUCCGAUCCAAAACUCGUGACUGGGUUUGGUUGCGAACAUCAGCCUUUGCUUUCUUGAAUCCUUACACUGAUGAAGUCGAAUAUAUCGUCUGCACCAACACUUCGGCCAAAUCUUUGCACCAUACAGGUGAUACAUCAGUUUCUGGAGAGGUUGCAGGAACGGUAGUUGAUUCUGCGGCUGUUGGGGCAGCGAGCAGUGGACUAGUGGCUGCUUAUGGUCAUACCAGCCAAGAUUACGGAAGAAAUGCUCGUGAAGUUUAUCAUGCGCAGUCGCUAUCUGAAAGCCAAGGUCGACCGAAUAGCAACCAGACUAUGUACAAUCCUUCGGCUGCUACCUCGUCUCAGUACGAGACAACUUCAGCGCAGUCUGUCGAGGGUCCCUCCAACUCUGUCCUGAACAGGUUACCCUCAGGCGGAGGCACGAAACAAACACCUAGCCCUACUGCCUCGGCAGGAAGUGGAGCCUGGUCUACCCACGCCACUGCCCCGGGCUAUUCUGCUUAUGAAGGAAUAAGCCCAUCGCGAUCUCCAGGAGGAAGUUCUGGGCCAACGUACACGCAGCUAGGGAGCUCGGCGGCAACCGGUCGAGCAGGAUACCAUCAGAGUUCAGGACUGUGGCACUGGCAGUCGCCUGUUGUUCCACCUGCUGAACCUAGCCCUAACAACGGAGGCCCAACGGGUCCAGGAGGUUCAGGUGGUGGAGUUGGUGUGCCGACUACUUCUUCGGCAAGUCACCCGCCUCAAGGAUCUGAGCUAGUGACAGAUAUGCUUCAGAUGCUUGAUCACUCUGGGGCGUCAGGUUUCGAAGAUCUGAAUAUGUUCUCGUCUAACUUCGAGUAAUGCUGCCCACCUACAAAUAGUUGCAUUUCGUGCUGUUCAUCUUCUUCGUCUUGUAUCGUUGAGGUCGUAUAUCCCUUUUUCUAGACAACUGUUGCCGUGCACUCCAAGCGAAAUAUGUGCCCGUGUUUCCCCUUCCCUAGACGCUGGAGCGGCAUGCCAUAUGAGUGCAUUUUCUUUCCUUUCAAAAUUAAAAUUUGUUUUAUUGUGCAUUAUGCAUUGUAAACAAGGGCUUUACUUUCCAGUUCUUUAUUUGGACGAAAUUAUCUUACUGGAUAACGUCGAUACGUGGCUCUCGAUUUUUUAAAACUAGCGUUAGCAAUACCCCAACAUUUCAUAGUUUAAAAGCUGGGCCAAAAUGAUUCACUUUUUUUUGCAUUCUAUUUCUUUUCAAAAGAGAGAAUUAAUGCUGUUUCAUUAUUUCCUGUCAAUUUUAAUUGAAAUUGAUUUAGUUCGGUAGCUUUUUACAAAACGAUUAGCACAUAUUCUUACAUGUACGAGUUUUUUUUUGUCCUUUACGUAUUCGCAAUCAACCAAAAUUCGCAUGCUCAUGAGACAUUGAGCACUUGUAAUUCUACUUGUAUUGGAAAACGAAAUGAAUGGGCCAUCUUCUAUUGCCUAGACAAUCGUCAUUUAUGGCGAUCGCGUAGCACGCACCCUUCCCCUUAACCUAAAUUGUCUUAUCAUUUGCACACCUCUGUUGUAGUUAUCGUAAAACUCCCGUAGCUAAAUGACGAUAAAAGAUCGACUUGUUUACACAGCCAUCGCGUCUCAUCCCCGCGUUUGACAAGCUCUCGUUUGGGUUACGCAAUGGUUUUUGUUCGGCCUCCCGCAAUUCCUUUUACGAUGUGUACCAACCCGUCGUCUAUAGUUUCUUUUUUUUUUUCCAUCCGGCUACGUAAAGGGAUAGACAAUACGUGAACCCAUUCCUAUUGUGUGCUGCACAAUCUUGAUCUAGUAAUGUCGUAAUAUCGUAGGCUCGAAACAUGCAAUUAUAUAUUUUACAAAUUUGAA